UGAAAGUAAGUCUGUAAAACGAAUAUUAAAACACUUGCUCUCUGAGCACAGGGAGUUUUUAAAAAGGCGUGGGGAUUGGGGUAGACUCAAAGUCUCUCUACUGCUUUGGGCAGAUUCCAGAUUCUGAGAGUAAACUAUAUGGGGACCCAUGUGACACUCCCUCUUUGAGAUUCACUGGGUCCGAGGUCCUAGGUCCUACCGACCCAGCUCCCCAUCCAACAGCCAUGCACAUUGCAGGCCCUCAGUCAAUACUGGUUGACCAAGGAGUAAGGAACAAACCGACUGGGAUUGACUUGUCUGGUGCCACUCCCUGCCCUGAAAGGCAAGCCCUGGGAGCUCCCGGCCCCGAAAGGACGUGGAGCCUGGCGGGAGACUCCUGGAAGUGCGUGAAUAGCAAGCAGAGCGUGGCGCGCCCGUUUUACAAGGUUAGCAUAUUCACAAGAACCCGCUCGGAAGGCCGAGUCCUUGAUGGCCAAUUGAUUAAGUAGCUGUGUGCUUUCUUUCCAGUGCACUUAUUUGGUGAUCCCGAUUGGCGUCCGCACAGCCGCCACCCUCACCCUCGCUUAAGGAUAAAAAGCAAACCGAUUUGGCAUGUAGGCACCGUUUGAAAAACAACUUUGCACUCUAGUUAUUGGGCAAAAAGCUCCACCUUCCCACGCUGCUGAUAAUAUUUCUCGCGGCUGCGUGGGACACUCUUCGUCUUACCCAUGAGAGCGAGCUGCCUUCUGUCUGGUUGGGCGACUCCCGCAGGGCCCGAGCCUCCGCAGAGCCCGGAGUUCAGGGGGGAAAAAGGAGCCGCAGAUGUGAGUUUGCUUUGUCACUGCCUUCUGAGCGACUUUGGGCAAGUUACUUAUCUCUCCUGACCUCAGAUUUCUUGUCUAAUGUGGGAGGGAACCGAAGGUGGAUGACGCUCCGGGCAGCGGCGGAGAGCCGAGAUCACCGCGAGCGCCUGGGAACUUUGUCCGAAGCGCGGCGCGGGGACCGGGAGCGCAGGGCAGGGAGCUCCCUCUGCGGGAGCGCGGCGGCGGUGCUCCUCCUUUCGCCGCACGUCACGGGGGCCGCUCAGCGCUCUCCCACCCUGGGCUGGGAGAGAGCGGCUCCCCAGCAGGGCGACGGAGGGGCAGUGCGAGAGCAAGCCGCCGCGGAGAGCUUGGGAGCCCAGAGCACAGCCCGCGGCCACCGCCGGGGCGGCCUCCGCAGCCUCGCGGACCCGCGUUCGGGGCUGCCCCGCUCCUUCUCAAUGAAGAUAUUCAAAUGUUAUUUUAAACAUACCCUACAGCAGAAAGUUUUCAUCCUGUUUUUAACCCUAUGGCUGCUCUCCUUGUUAAAGCUUCUAAACGUGAGACGGCUCUUUCCGCAAAAAGACAUUUACUUGGUUGAGUACUCCCUAAGCACCUCGCCUUUUGUAAGAAACAGAUACACUCAUGUUAAGGAUGAAGUCAGGUAUGAAGUUAACUGUUCGGGUAUCUAUGAACAGGAGCCUUUGGAAAUUGGCAAGACUCUGGAAAUAAGAAGAAGGGACAUCAUUGACUUGGAGGAUGAUGAUGUUGUGGCAAUGACUAGUGAUUGUGACAUUUAUCAGACUCUAAGAGGUUAUGCUCAAAAGCUUGUUUCAAAGGAAGAGGAAAGCUUCCCAAUAGCCUAUUCUUUGGUUGUCCACAAAGAUGCGAUUAUGGUUGAAAGGCUUAUCCAUGCUAUAUACAACCAGCACAAUAUUUACUGCAUCCAUUAUGAUCGUAAGGCACCUGAUUCCUUCAAAGUUGCCAUGAACAAUUUAGCUAGGUGCUUCUCCAAUAUUUUCAUUGCUUCCAAAUUAGAGGCUGUGGAAUAUGCCCACAUUUCCAGACUCCAAGCUGAUUUAAAUUGCUUGUCGGACCUUCUGAAGUCUUCAGUCCAGUGGAAAUAUGUUAUCAACCUGUGUGGGCAAGAUUUUCCCCUGAAGUCAAAUUUUGAAUUAGUGUCAGAGUUGAAAAAACUCAAUGGAGCAAAUAUGCUGGAGACAGUGAAACCCCCGAACAGUAAAUUGGAAAGAUUCACUUACCAUCAUGAACUCAGACGGGUACCUUAUGAGUAUGUGAAGCUACCAGUAAGGACAAACGUCUCCAAGGAAGCACCGCCCCAUAACAUUCAGAUAUUUGUUGGCAGUGCUUAUUUUGUUUUAAGUCAAGCAUUUGUUAAAUAUAUUUUCAACAACUCCGUCAUUCAAGACUUUUUUGCCUGGUCUAAAGACACAUACUCUCCUGAUGAGCACUUUUGGGCUACCUUGAUUCGGGUUCCAGGAAUACCUGGGGAGAUUUCCAGAUCAGCCCAGGAUGUGUCUGAUCUGCAGAGUAAGACCCGCCUUGUCAAGUGGAAUUACUACGAAGGCUUUUUCUAUCCGGGUUGUACUGGAUCUCACCUUCGAAGCGUGUGUAUUUAUGGAGCUGCAGAAUUAAGGUGGCUUAUCAAAGAUGGACAUUGGUUUGCUAAUAAAUUUGAUUCUAAAGUGGACCCUAUCUUGAUUAAAUGCUUGGCAGAAAAGCUUGAAGAACAACAGAGAGACUGGAUCACUUUGUCCUCAGAAAAGUUAUUUAUGGAUAGAAAUCUCACAACCACAUCAUGAUAGUAAAUUCAGGAUGGAAAUAAGAGGGUAUGUGAUAAAUUGAGUCAGUAUGGAAUUGAACACUAUACUAUGCCCAAUACUGUUUAAACUCAGUCCUCCCAUACUUUAAAAGGUGUCCAAAAUUCCAUGCACAAGGGAAAGUGAGCUAGCCGUUGAUGAUAUUAGCCUGCAGUUGGCUAGGUUUUUUUAAUGUUUGUUUUUGCUUGUAAUCUCACUGAGCUAAGUCAGAGAUCUUAAACAUUCAGUUAGUCCUCAAACAUUAUUGAGCACCUAACUGUAUGACAAGCACUUUUUUAGAGACUGUGGCUUAUCCUCAUCAUGGCAAUCUCGGUAUCUUUAAGUUCUCCACAUAACAGUCAGGAUUCUACUGAAGUGGUAAUCAUCCGAUCAUAUAAACCACCCAUUUCAGAGUAGUGUUUAAGUACUGUGACCAACACUCCACUUGUCUCUUAACUUACCUUCCAAGAUAUUUCUUAACCAUUAGAGCAGAGGAGGAAAGACUCACUACCUCAGAAAAAUCUCAAAGAAUAGUCCAAUUUCCUGCUUGCCAAAGCAUAAUCUGCCUUUUGGUGCAUUACUUGGUCAAUUCAGGGUUGAGGAGACUGUUGGGGGGCAUUUAUAGUGUAUGAAAGUUAAGGAAGGGGGUGAGGAUAUGGGUUGGGACAGGUAGUACCUAAAGAGGAGCAAAGGGAUUUAUACAGUAUUUUUAUCAUGUUACAAAACAGUAUCAUGAAUGGCCUUUUUAGUUCAACUGUUUCUUUAAAAUGCAUUUACUGAUUAAAAGUAAGAACUGACCAAUAGCUCCAAGUGUCGCACACCAGAACAUUAAGCCUAAGUCUUCAAUUUGUAAGUUAUCAUUCUAGAUAAGUUUCUUUACAAUGGAAUACUUUCUAUGGAAUCAUUAUAAUUCUGUUUUAUGGAACUAUCAAGCUAAGAGUCACUAAACUUUCUUGAAAAGGUUGUGUGAAAUAUGACAGCUUUCUAAAUUAAUUGUUACAGUCAUUUAAAAUUUUUUUUUCUCUGGCAACUGUCCAACUGGAAUCCAGAUUUAAAGUGAUAAAAGCUCUAAGUUUCUUGCAGUCUUUUUCUCAGCUUAGUUCCAGAGGAAAACAAAAAAAAACUAAUUUUCCUAAGGACACAGCAAGAAUAUUCAUUAAGGAUAUUUUCUAAACCCCACACUUGAGAAAACCACCAAAUGAGUAAUACACACACACACACACACACACAUACAUACAUGUGUGUAAUGGAAUUGUUCUAAAAGUAAAAUGUGGUAGGAAUGGUGUUCUGAGAAUAGGCGAGAACAUUUUCACCAGUCUCUUGGGAAAUUGUAGAACUCAUGUAAAAAUUUCUUGGUCAUCAUAUGUCUCAAUGGCAGCCUCAGUAAAUAAAGAUGUAGCCUCAGAUAUUAAUUUAAAGAUGUAGUAAAUCAAGGCCAAAGUAGGACACUUUGGAAGAUUUAAGUAUUACAUAUUUUGAAAUGUCUGUGUUCUAAAUGUGAAAUGCACUUUGCUCAUUUUAAAGUUCAUAAUACUAACUGCCAAUUGACACCACUUCUUGUUGCCUUUCUUCUCUUGAACUCAUUUUUCUCCCUUUUUAUUUACCGCCUUCAAAUUACUUCAUUCUUCAGAAAUAACUAUUUCCAAGCCCCAUUCUUCAGAAUAAGUAAACAUUGUAUAGAGCUAAGUUCUGCAAAAGAUCCAUACCAGUUCACUCGUGUGUGACCGUGAACAGGUAAGUCACUUUGGUCUCUAUGAACCUCAGUUUUCCAGAUAUUUGAAAUGAGCACUUGGAUGCCUAUCCUUGCUUCUUCCACACAAGUUUUGGGGGUUUUUUUUGUGUGUGUGAGAAUCGAUUGAAAUAGUAGAUGAAGUGGUAUGAAAAUAGGUACAAACUAUUGACAUUUCAAUGUCAGAGCAUGAUACCUGUAGGAGUAUAAGGCAAACAAAUGUCCAACCCCAUUGAAAGACUUAAACAUUUACCUUUUCUGAAAAACUAUUGACAUAUAAAAAGAGCCCCCAGUCACAGGGGCAACUUCUGUAACCAAAUCUAGAUCUGAGGAAACUCCUGUAACCCCAUUUAGGGUUUCUUUCUAAGCCAAUAGGGUUACAGGUUGGUACAGUGACUUACAUUGAGAAUUGGGCUACAGAUACUUUUCCCACCAUCUAGGAUGAAAUACAUGAGAUCCUGUUGAAAUCUUGGUUUUUAUGGCUUUGGUCAUCAGAAUAAACGUAAAUGCUGAAAAACAAAUAACCUCCUGAUCCAGUGUCUUGCCUCCUGGUGAGAACUUAUUCUAUCCCCUGUUUAUUGGGAAAUUUCCGAAGUUGUUCAUCACUUAAAUGCCAUAUUCAAAGGGAACAUGGAAGGAUGAAGCGGAGAAAGUGCCUUUGAGACAUUCACACAUUUCUCUGGACUCAGUCUGUUAACAUUUCAGGGAGCUCGUCAGAUCACACCUUUUUGCCUUGGAAAUCCUGCAGAUUUCCUGUACGCCUUCCUAUCUGAUUCUUCCCUAAAACCUUUGGGUAUGAUUUCCUCCCUGGUCUUGAGAAUGUCCUGCAGUCUGUGUUUUAUAAUUAUUCUUCGUAUUUAUUGAAUCUAGACUUUAAGUUAUUCAGAGAUCAGACCAGAACCUUAGUUUCUAAAUUGUAUGUGGAUAUUAAACAAUAUUAAUAAUGAAAGAGCUACCAAAACAGUCUAUACUGUGUGAACAAUCUCUUGUGAUAUUAGACGUAUUUAAAGACCAGUGUUGCUGCUAUUUUUAAUAUUUUGGUUAAUUUAAGUGAAAUGUACAGACUUAAAUUUGAAGAUUUAUCUUGCCUUUCAGAAUGUGAAGAUCUACUUGCAUAUAUUUUGACAUAUUUCAUGGAAAAUAAAAAUGAUAAUCCACUUUGUGAAUGUAAGUGAAUGGAUUCUUAUGUAUGUUAUUAUAAAUGAUUUUUGUUUGCAUUGAUGAUGGAAUGAGAGUUUUUAUACAUUUAUAUUGACUGGUCUCUAAAUCUCCUACUAUGUUUUCUUAUCAUUUUUGAAAUACAGUUCCCAUUAUGAGAGUUUUAAAUAGAUUGGUGUUUCAUUUUGUAUUAUGCUACUAUUAGAUGUUGAUUCUCUGGUAUUGUAAAAUAAAAUAUGCUCCAAAAACCCAAA